UAAUGUUGUGACUGUGGAGUUUACCCAGGAGAAGUGGCAGCAGAUGAGCCCUGCUCAAAGGACCCUGUACAGAGAUGUGAUGCUGGAGAACUACAGCCACCUUGUGUCAUCGGGAUAUUGUUUUAUAAAACCAGAGGUAAUUGUCAAGUUGGAGCAAGGAAAAGAUCCAUUGUUUUUAGAGGAAGAAUUUCUAAGCAAGAGCCAUGCAGGUGUCAACUUGCCUGGACCGUGGGGUUCCCUGAUUAAACAUUACCCUGGAUCCGGCGUUUACAAUCCCACCAGCAGGUGGCACUGAGGCACCACCGCAUCUCACGAGCCUGAGCCUCCAGUGGUGCUGUUCCUGUAGCUGCCAGAUGGUGAGGAGCCCAAUGGUUUGGGCCAAUUUCUGCGGAGGUGUAAGGCUUACCCAGCAUCAAGGGGGCUGAUCCCAGUUUAAGAGAAGUGAUGAUUCAGUAAAUUGUUGCAGACGAUCCAGAAAAUACCUGAGAGAUUUUAAGAGGGUUACCAAACACAGCUGAACAUGUCCAGAGAUGGCUGACGUAAGAAAACUUCCUGGUCUCCUUUAGAAAUCUAUCAUUUGGGCAAAAACACCUUAGGUAGUGCCCGGUGUUUU